AGCUGACCGGAGAGGACCUAGCGGGAAAAAAAACAGAACAUCUGGCAGGACUUCACAAAACGGCAGAGAGGAAUCGCCAGCGACAGGAUGCGCGAGUUGCUACUGCUGCUAACUAGCUUCCUAUUCGUCGCCACGCAGCAUUUUUUGGCCGCCGGUCACAUAAUGCCAGACGACAGGUUGAUCAGCAGUAAGGCCGCCAUCUCCAACGCCAUCCCGGGCAGCGACGUUGGACUCUACUCGCCCGUCGUCAUUGUGGAACUGCCAAAGCCAGGAAGGAAAAAGAAGGCAAAAAAGAACAAGCUUGGCGGCAGGCGUCGCCCUCCACCGCCCGCCGGCUGCGUCCCCCUAUGGGGCAACUGCAAAUCAUCGGGAAAGGUUUGCUGCGACUUCUGCGCCUUCUGCCACUGCCGCGUCUUCCGGACCGUGUGUUAUUGCCGCAUGGGAAACCCCCGAUGUUGAGAGGAGCCUUCUCCAUCCCAAUUUUCUACGCCCGCUUCCGAUCGACAGCAUGAAAGCACUUUAACACGGACUGCCUGACGUCACGCUAGCACGCGUAUUCAAAGCAUUUAACAAAUACUGUAUGAAUAAAAUAUAUGCCUUGUCAUUUUGGAUUGGUGGGUGUCAGGAAAUAAAACACAACCAGUAUUCCAUUCGAAGGACAGUUGCAAGGAGAAAAAGCUGACAUUCAAAUCCAGUUUCUUUUACGUGCACGGGGAUUUGAUCUCCGACUCUUUUUUCAUCGUGCACCCCUUUUAUUGACAAUAUCACUUGAUUAUGCAUGGUAACACAUGAAUAUGCAGAAAGUGAGUACAUGGCGUGCAGUGAUUGGUUCGUUCAGAAUAGCAACAGUAGGAAGUGCCUUAUUUGGUGUUGUUUAAACGAUACCUAAGAAAAACGAGAAUGAACCUGAAGUAUCAACUCUGGUGUUUUCCCACAGUUUAUUACCUUGCAAUUACGACUGUGGCUGGCACCAAAAGGGAGGGACAACUUGAUAACACAGUUAACUGAACCUCUUUGUAUUAUGUUCAAAGAAAUACAACACAUGAACCUGGAUGAAUAGCCUAACAAAAGAAUAUAGUAUCACACUAGUAAUGUGUUCUAUAAGCAUGAAUAAAAUAUAUUCCUUCACAGUGGGCCUUACAACCAUGGCAGAAAACACAGACAAGACUGAAAAAGCAGUUUCUGCUCUUGCACUCCUCUUUAAAAUAAACUGCUGCAUUUUAAGCCAAAAGAACUGUUGUGUUUGAUAGAACAAUAUGUCUCUAUGCUGCCAUAGCAGAUUCAUGUCGCAUGAAGCUCCAGAACUAUUUUUAAUUUGUCCCUUUUACCCCGGAAACCCCCGUUUACAGACGUCGCGCAACCGUUUUUGUUUCAACCCAGCCAUAAAAAGAAGGUAAGUAAUUAUGUUAUUGAUCAAUCGGGGCCGAUCACGUCAUUUUCAAAGUAUCGGAAUCGGCAAAAAAUAUCGGCCAUGCCUUUAAAAAAAAAUUUUUUAAUUAUUUUUUUUAUUAAAUCAUUUUCUAAUUGUAUUUUACGUUACAGACAUAAUAUGUUACACUCAUCCAGUCUCUUUAGUUUAGGCUUAAGGUAGGGUUAUCAAAUUUAUCUCGAUA